GUUGAUGACGACACCACGCUGGGGGUUCAGCCCAUGUGGCUAUGGAGUGCCUCUGGACCCAGAGUGGCCCAACGUCUUCAAAGGCGAGCUGAGUUUGGCCUUGUUUGGAUUGGCAGGACCUCAGCAGAUUGAGGAGGAGCCCGUGUCGGUGAAAGUGGUGGAAGCAGAGGGUUCAUACCUGUUGACGGAUCGCCUGACGGUCUUGUUAGCGACCCACCUGAGCCGUUACGUCCAGGAGGAGUGGAUGAAGGACUGCCUACAAUGUGUGAUGUCUGGUGCAUUGGGGCUACAGCACCGUCGUGUCAAAUGCCCUACCAUGUACGCUUUGGCCUUUGAUUUGGCGGGGCCGUUCAAAGAGCUAGGCAGGGACGACCGUGGAGGAAAGUACAAGUAUGUUCUUGUUGCGGGUCUGCGAGUUCCGGAAGCUGCUCUGCCAUCACCAAAGCACAGCAAGGGCACGGUAGAGGUUAAGACAAAGGCAUCAGAGGCUCAGGCAGAGAUCCCAGGUGGCAAUGAGCAAGAUGAUGAUGCAGAGUCAGAAGCCAGUUGGCUGAGGGAUCAGCUCGCGCCAACACCCGCAGUGAUGAAGGUCGGUGAUGAUGGUGACUCAUCUCAGGAGGAGGAUGAAUGCUCCGAAGCGGAUUGGUACGAAGCCCCGUUUGUGGACGAUGUUGCUCCCUCAGAGGCCGAAGCCAUUGUAGAAGUUGAUGAUGGGCUUGAAGUUGAGGGCGGGGUUGGUCUGGAUGUUGAUCCUUGGGAGGACACCGGGGGUUUCGGGGAGAUGACAGAUGAGAAGUUUGAUGAAGCCCUCGCAGAGAUGCUGUUCUCAGGUGCCAACAAGGUAUUGAGGUUUGCAGUGCCUUUGAAGGCAAGGAAAGGUCCACUCAUCCUUGCAGGCCUACAGGAAGUUGUCACCGAGUGCAAUCGUCUCGGAUACCCCGUGAAGAUCGUACACACCGACCGUGCUAAGGAGUUGAUGUCCAAGGCCACCAUGGAUUGGCUGCAGUCCAAUCUCAUCCAACCUUCCUUUACUCAGGGAGACGACCCGAAGUCUAAUGGUUUAGCCGAAAGACUAGUAGGUUGGGUGAAGGCUAGAGCGAGGUUGCACUUGGCUUCGUCAGGACUUGGUGUGGAACAGUGGCCGUCGGCAAUGGCCUUUGCGUGUGCAGAGCAUCGUAGUCGCUUGUUGCAAACGGGUGAAAAACUACCUAGGUUUGGACAAAAGGUGAUUUUCAAGAGCAGGCACCCAACAGGCAAGUCCAAGAGGCCAUCUCUACGCUGGGAAAAUGCUGCGUACCUCUGCCCAACACCGCGAACGGAGGGAGGACAUGUGUUGCUUCGUGCAGCUUCGAGCGCAUACCUUGUUGCCAAGAAUGUGCGAUGUGUGGAAGAUAUGGUAGAUCCCGAGGCUGAGUUCGGGAAUGAAGAGGUCGUAGAAGUUGAUCCACCAGAGCCUGGCUUCGACCACUCCCAAGGUGGAUCCCCAACUGUGCCAAGCAGACGUGUGACAGGCAAGAGGGCGGUGCGUUCUGUGCAGUUGGCUUCGGAAGGGUUCGCCGAGAACUUGUUGCAGGAACAGCUUUUUACCUCCGAUCAUUGUGGGCGUCUGCUGCAGCUAGCGUUUGGUGGAGUUGAAGGGGGCACUCGAAGAGAGCAUAGGGGUCCGAUUGGGUUCUCGGUUAUUUUUGGUGCGUAUAGCCACGGUGGCUUGCAAGGAAUAACCAGAGCUAGUCGAAUGUAUCCAAUGGUGUGCCGGUACUUGAACGAGUAUUUGCGCCGAUGCUCCCCCAAUGAGCUUGCUGAAAAUGAGUGGUCGUCCCUCAUGGUUGUGGUUGCAGAUGAGGUUGCUAUGCAUCGUGACGUGAGGAAUGAACCGGGUUCCUUGAAUCAUGUUACGCAACUGACUACAAGAAUGAUGUGGGUUGAAGGUGCUUCUCCUGUGCUCACGGAGUCCGUGCAAAGGGACAAUCAAGGCCGCAGUCAUCAGGGAUAUCUGCUACCCCUGACGCAAGCCACUACUGUGUUUGAUCCUAAGUGCCGCCACGCAGUGCUCCCAGCCACGAAUUGGGUGAUUGCGGGAUACACUCCAUUGGGGUAUAGGUUGCCCGGUUUCCGUGCAAGACCCUACCCUCCACCUCCAGGCAGAGCAGCAAUGAUGGUGAGGUAUGCAAGGAUGACUGGUGAGGAGUGGGCUGAGCUGCGUCAGCUCGAGGAGGAAGAGUUUGAGCGUAGGAUGGGUCGAUGGCAGCGUGUGCUUGGUGGUCAGGAUGAAGACCCAAACAUGAACUCGUUGUCAGCCUCGAUCCCUCAUCAUCUGUUCAUGCAGACGGUGUUCCGACAAAGGAAUUGGCACAGAAACCCAGAGUUGGUUGUACCGGGAGCUCAGGGAGAGCCACGCCUGCUUGCACGUGUCAUGGACUUUGCAGACGAUGGCCCAACGGAAGAGUCUCCGUUCCCUGAUCGCAUGCUCAUGUUUUCGGUGCAUGACGUGAUCCGUGAUGUUCUCGAAAUGGUGAUACUGCGUGUGGAGGCAAGACGUCCGCCUCAGGAGGAGCAACCUCAGGAGGUGAUGAAUCCAAUCCUGCAACCUCCUGGACCGCCGCCUCCAGAAGUCCGCGCAGUGAGAGUUGAAGCAGGAACGCCGAAGGUUCUAGACCCGCCUUUGAGGCUUCCUAUCCCUCUCCCCAAUCCGGCAUUCAUCAGGGUCGUGCCCGAACAACCCGUGCCAGAGGUGAACCACGAGGUACUUGCGUGCAAGGCCGAGGCCACUACGACUAAGGAUUUGGAGGUUCUCUUGAGUCAGCUGCAUGAGCCACUGAGUGUGAUGCACACCGCCUCCCAGGAGGAGGUGAGGGCUAACCUUGAGAAGUGGAGGCCUGCCAUUGAAAAGGCGAAGGCGCUGAUUGAGAAUCCCGACACCACGGUGAUUUCCUUAAAAGGGGUUUUCACAGUGAAGGCCCCAGGAGGACCUGAUGAUGGGUGGUUCAAGCGCAAGUGCAGAUUGGUCGGGCGUGGCAACCAGGCUACACACGUGGACGCAGACUCCUUGUACGCAGCCGGAGCACCAGCGGAAGCGGUGAGAGUAGCCUUGACGCAGGCUUACCACCACAAGUGGGGAGCGUUCACCACCGACAUCAAGUCGGCAUUUACGCAAACGCCGAUACCGCCCUAUGCUGCUCAGCGUUAUUUGUUGCGACCUCCCCGGUGGCUCAUUGAUCUUGGACUGGCGGAACCAGGGGAAUACUUUUCCCUGGGAAUGGUGUUGUACGGCUUCAAAGAAGCCCCGGCUUGGUGGUCGGACCAUCGUGAUGCGAAACUGAAGAAGGCAGUUUUUGCAGGAUGUCACUUGGAGCAAGGAACAGCUGAUUCGUCAGUGUGGAGAAUCAUGAAGGGGAAGGACCUGAAGGGUUACCUGGUGACCUACGUCGACGACUUUCUCGUGCUCAGCGAGAAAGGCACAGCAGAAGCCCUCCAUCAGUGGCUGUUGAACGAAGCCGGUUGGGAGACAGAUGGCCUGAGCGAAGCCAGACCCGGUCAUCCAGUGAGGUUUCUUGGCAUGCAGCUACAUGGCUAUGAGGACGGGCAUUUCAGUUUGGACCAGGAGGCCUACGUUGAUGAGCUGGUGCGAGCCUACAAGCUUGGCGAGGCAAAUCGGUCGAAGAUUGUGUGCCCCAAGGAAAUCCUGAUGCAUGCACCGGAAACAGUGCAGCCGUUUGAUGAGCAAACGGUAAAGUCAGCUCAGAAAGUGGCAGGUGAAUGCCUUUGGUUGGCGCAGCGUUCGCGCAUUGACAUUGCGUUCGCAACAACGGUGCUGUGUUCAAAGGUUUCGAAGGAUCCUCAUGGAGCCAUUGCGAUUGGCCAUCGAGUGAUGGCAUACCUGCAUCACACCAAGGACUUCAAGCUCCACUUGAAGCCAGAACAGUUUCCUACGGUGGACACAUCAUCGAGGGGCCAGUAUUCAAAGGACAAGACAUCUCAAGGUGAGUACCAAAAGGCAGAUCUGUUGACCAAAGCAUUACCCUCAGCACGAAUGCAGUUCCUGUGUCAGCUUUUGCAACUUGGAGGUGAAGAGAGGGAGCAUCAAGGGCAGGUCGACGCCGAUCCGGCAGUGAGGUCUGUGGGUGCUGUGUCACCAUCCUGCUUGGCCUCAAUCGUUGCACUGUUGCAGUUCUGUAACUGCUGUGGUGAGCAUGUGGGAGAAAACUCCGAGGAAAAGGGCCUCCCGAUUGAGUGGCCUUGGGAGUUAGCAUUCCUCACAGUGCUCAUUGUGUUGUCUACGCUUUUCUUGUGGGAAAAAGCCUGUGGGUCACGAGUUCGGCUUAGUGGAGAGGAGCCUCAAGUUCGAGCUGUGACGGUGCACAAGGAAAGGCGAGCAAAGAAGUUACAGAGCAAGGUUGCGGCAGCAAUCGAUUCGGUGAUGAGUGAAAGUCCUACUGGGGACGAAAAUGUCAGCGUCCAGGGUGCAGCUCCGACGUUCCUACCACCCGAGAGGAACCAUUCGGAAGAAGUCCCGAACGUGUUGCUGCAACUCGUGUGA